AUGGCCCGGCGCUGUCUCCAGGCGAACAUCAACCACUCUGCCAGGGCCCAGGACCUGCUAGUCCAAAGCAUGGCAGAGUGGCAAAUCGACGUGGCGGUGGUCUCGGAGCCCUAUGUCGUUCAUUUACGGGACGACUGGGUGUCCGACCACGAGGGAGUGGUGGCGAUCGUCGCCCCUGCCGUCGCUGGUUCCCCUGCUAUCGAAGGGGUAGCCAGGGGCAGAGGGUUCGUAGUCGCUGCAGUCGGGGGUGUGGCGAUCGUGGGCGUUUACGCCUCGCCCAACCGGAGUCUCGCGGAGUUUGAACAGCUACUCGUUGAGGUCGGGGCUCUGGUCGGGCAGGCAUCGCCCAACCCGGUGUUAGUCGCGGGGGACUUCAAUGCCAAAUCUACGGCUUGGGGUUCCCCUUCGACGGACGCCAGGGGCGAGGCGCUGGAGGAGUGGGCUGUGUCACUGGGCCUCGCGGUGAUCAACAGUGGGUCGGAGAGCACGUGCGUGCGGCAGCAGGGCGAGUCGAUCGUGGACGUAACGUUCGCGUCCAUCGCCCUAGCCCGCCGUGUUCGAGACUGGAGGGUGGAGACGGCCGUGGAGACUCUAUCGGAUCAUCGAUACAUCCGAUACGAUGUCUCCGCGGCACCGGUCGUCCGGCCCGCUGUUGUGCGGUCAGAAGGUCCGCGGUGGAGUCUGGGCCGUCUCGACAGCCAGUUGGCAAAAGAGGCGGCCAUCGUGGAGGCCUGGUGCGCCGGUUCCGACCCGGUCGUCCAGAGUCAAGCCUCAGACUCCACGUCGCCGCGUAUACUGGUGGCGGCCGGAACUCCGUCAGCUACGGAGAGCCUGCGUUGCGGCCCGCCGCCAGUACGCCGAUGCAGACGGAGGAGAGUCCGCGACCAUGAUCUGGAGGCGGCCCUUUACACCGCCUACAGAGACGCCUGUGUUACGCUCCAAAAGGCCAUAGCACAGGCGAAGGAAGCGGCGUGGACGGAGUGGCUCGAGACCCUCGACAGGGAUCCGUGGGGGAGACCGUACCGGGUCGUGAGACAAAAACUCCGACCCUGGACACCCCCGCACACCACCACUCUCCAGCCACACCUUCUGGAGAGCGUUGCGAGCGCGCUGUUCCCGGAGCGUAGAGAGUUCGUCCCUCCAUCGAUGGCCCCACUGCGCAGCGAACGAGACGAACGAGAUCUGGCGCCCCCGGUCACCGAGGCGGAGUUGUCCGCUGCUGUCCUUAGGCUCCGUUCCAAGAGGACAGCUCCGGGGCCAGACGGUAUUCCGGGGCGCGCCCUGGUGAUCGGUGGAGGUGGGCGCCCCGAUGGCGCGCGCUGA